ACAUCUGAAUAGAGUAGCUCUUAAAGUCUAAACUUAUGCUGAAAUUAUUUUCAAAAAGUAGUACAGUACAUUAUUGUGGAUUUCUAGCAGGUACUCUUAAAGUCCAUUUAUCAGUGUAUGUAAGCAAUUUUUAGUCAUCCAAAUUUUUAAUCUCCUUGAUAGUUUCCCCUUUUUUCAAUUUGUAGUCAUCACAAAUCACAAUCUUUUGUUGAAUUUCUAUUGCAAAUAAGACUUAGACAGUUGUCCUUGAAGAUUAGUAGUUAAUGAUUGGACCUUAUAAUCAUCAGAAUUUAGAUGAGGAAUUAGGUUUAUUUGUCAAAGAAAAGUGCAACACACUGCUGGGUGAAGAGCCUUUUCUAUUCUUCAGAUUAAUUUCCUUGAAAUUUCAUCGAAAGAGAAACGCUUCUCAUCUCUUCUCUCCUAUAAAACGGUUUUUCUCUGUUGUAUAAGCAAAAACCUCACUCGAUUGUAAAACACCAUGAGAUCCAUGCUCAACCAAAUUGUGAGAUGGGUGACACAGCCAAUGAUAUGGAGAUUUGUGUCUUUUGUUUCAUCUGUUGUUGGACUGCUUUGUUAUGCUCUUAGCUCUUCCUUCACUCAUCUAUUUGGGAACUGGAACUUUUUUAAGGUAUUUCUUUAUAGCAUUUUCAGUUUCGUUAUCUGCCUCACCAUCUUGUUUGCAAACAAAUGGCAAAACUCGAACACUAGUCUUCCACUUAAAGCUCAUUUGGUGUUUUCGGUUUUCAUAAUCACCACUGUUUACUCCUUCUUUUUUGAUAAAGCUAACGGAAAACCAGAUUUGUACAGUCUGAUUUCCUGUGCUGCUUUUGCCAUCAUGUCUCUCAGUUUGUCAAAGCAAACUCACUUCGGAUUCGAAGUUGAUCUCCUAUAUUUUUUUUGCGGAUAUUUAACUUUACAACUGAUGAAGAUAAAAUUAGUUUUAGUAAUUGUUGGAGCGAGUUUCAGUUAUUCCCUCAUCAUUUUUCGUUAUUAUUUGGGUAAACCAAGAGAAAGUGGCAGCCAUCUUGGACUCCAAAUCCAAGACCAAACUCCUAUAGUCAUUCAAGUACACCAAGAUUCUGAACAAUCGAGUACUGGUCAAGUGAGCUUUUAUGAAACCAACACCGACACUGAAAGGGCUGAAAUUGGUCCACGUAUAAACAUUGAUGCCCAACAGGAAGAUAGGGAUCUUGGACCGGUCACUCACAUCAAAUUGUCAUCACAAAAAGGCAAACAUGAUAAUGUAUACAACAAAGCCUUGACACUUGUAAAGUGGAGCUAGUUCAGAUGAAUCAGAAACUUAAUUGUGUUAUUUGGCAGCUGCUUACAAAGACGAGGCAAAAAGUCUUUCCCAACUCAAAUAUUUGGGAGAUUAUAAUCAUGGACAAGGGGAUGAGCAACAUUAAGAACGACCUAAGAAAAUGAUGGAAAUUAUUUGUUUCAGACUGAGUAUUUCAACAUGUACAACACUUUUAGGAGUGAAUUCCAGAACAAAUAUCCUAUAUCAGACACAAAUGAAUGAGUUGAUCUUGAAUGUAAGACAUUCCAUACAUGAUAUACUCAUCUCAAUUUUUACCAACGAUAUUAUGAAACAUAGCAUAAUUGUUUUAGAAUUAUUAUGUUUCCUUAGCUUCUCAUC